ACUAAAGUCUCCGACUAGCAAGUGUUUGAAAGGAACGUUUUGGAUCACGCACUGUAAGUGUUCGGUGAAAUGCCUAAACGAAACGUAAGGUUGCUGAUCAAAGUAACCCGGAAGAGAAUAGCUUGCUGAUCAAAUAAAACAGAGGAUGCUGCACUUGUAUGUUAAGAGUGUAGAUGUGUAUCUCUCACUGAUUCUGGUCAAUCGUGCGUGGUUGGUGUUUUUUGGUUCAGACCAUGAAAGAGUGCAUAUGGGGAUGACGAGGUUUGCUUCUUUUCUCUUGUUUACUUUACUCUUAAGCUUUAGCUCUGCAGCUAUAACGCCAACAAGUCCUUUGUCAAUAGGACAAACUCUCAUCUCUGCUAAUGGAGUCUAUGAAUUGGGGUUCUUCAGUCCUAAUAACACCAAGGAACUAUAUGUUGGAAUCUGGUUGAAAGGAACCAGCCCUCAGAUUGUUGUGUGGGUGGCCAACAGAGAAAAGGCUGUUAGAGACUCCACGGCGAAUCUAACUAUCAGCAGCAGUGGGAAUCUUCUCUUAUUAGAUGGAAAGCAUGGUGUUGUAUGGUCCAUAGGAGAAACUUUCACAUCUAACGGGUCGCGUGUAGAGCUUUUAGACACCGGGAAUCUUAUCGUCGUUGAUAAAGUUUCAGGAAGAACUCUAUGGGAAAGCUUUGACCAUCUUAGUGAUACUCUGCUACAUUCAUCAUCCCUAAUGUAUAACCUCGUUACCGGUGAGAAGCGGGUGUUGACCUCUUGGAAAAGUUACACUGAUCCAUCACCUGGCGACUUUGUGAGUCUGAUUACACCACAAGUGCCAUCACAGGGGUUUAUUAUGAGAGGGUCGACGCCUUAUUAUAGAACUGGUCCAUGGGCUAAAACAAGGUUCACCGGGGUACCGCUAAUGGAUGAGUCAUACACAAGUCCAUUCAGCCUACACCAGGACGUAAACGGGUCAGGAUUCUAUACAUAUUUUGAAAGAAACAACAAACCUUCAUGUUUUGUUUUAACAGCAGAGGGAUCAAUGAAGAUGUUUGCGCAUAAUGGAACACACUGGGUAAUAAGCUACGAGGAUCCACCCAGUAUAUGUAAUAUUUAUGGUGUAUGUGGACCUUUUGGGGUGUGUAUUAUGUCAGUACCUUCAGAGUGUAAAUGCUUCAACGGUUUUGUUCCUAAAUCCAUUGAGGAGUGGAAAAGAGGAAACUGGAGUAGUGGUUGUGUGAGGCGUACCGAACUACAUUGUCAAGGAAACUCUACCGGCAAAGAUGUCAACGUCUUCCAUCCUGUUGCCAGUAUAAAGCCUCCAGACUUUUACGAAUUAGGAAGUUCUGUAAAUCCUGAAGAAUGUUCCCAAAGUUGCCUCCACAAUUGUUCUUGCGUGGCCUUUGCUUAUAUACAAGGUAUUGGGUGCUUAUUGUGGAACCAGGAUCUAUUGGACGCUGUGCAAUUUUCUGCUGGAGGAGAACUUCUUUCCAUACGUCUUGCACGUUCUGAGCUAGAUGGAAAUAAGCGCAAGAAGACCAUUGUUGCUAGUACAGUGAGCCUUACCCUUUUUGUGAUCUUGGGCUUCGCUGCGUUUAUUUUAUGGAGAUGCAGAGUCAAACAUAAAGAGCAUAUAGCAAAGGAUGUAUGGAGGAAUGAUUUAAAACAACAAGAUGUCCCAGGUUUAGAUUUCUUUGAGAUGAAUACCAUUCUAAGUGCCACAGAUAAUUUCAGUAUAACUAACAAACUCGGACAAGGUGGAUUUGGUUCAGUUUACAAGGGAAAACUGGAAGAUGGGAAAGAAAUAGCGGUAAAACGGCUUUCUAGCAGCUCUGGACAGGGCAAAGAGGAGUUCAUGAAUGAACUAGUACUCAUAUCAAAACUCCAACACAUAAAUUUAGUCCGGAUUUUGGGAUGCUGCAUUGAAGGAGAAGAGAAGCUAUUGAUUUAUGAGUUUAUGCUGAACAAAAGCUUAGAUACUUUUAUAUUUGACUCAAGAAAAAAGCACGAGAUUGAUUGGUCAAAAAGAUUUGAUAUCAUUCAAGGUAUUGCACGUGGACUUCUCUAUCUUCACCGUGACUCACGUCUCAGGGUAAUUCACAGAGACCUGAAGGUUAGCAACAUUCUUCUGGAUGAGAAAAUGAACCCGAAAAUAUCAGAUUUUGGAUUGGCUCGGAUGUAUCAGGGAACCCAAUAUCAGGACAACACUCACAGGGUUGUAGGAACUCUAGGAUAUAUGUCUCCAGAGUAUGCAUGGACUGGGAUGUUCUCUGAGAAGUCUGACAUCUACAGCUUCGGAGUUCUACUACUAGAAAUCAUCAGUGGAGAGAAGAUCUCAAGAUUCAGCUCUGGGGAAGACGGAAAAACCCUUCUUGCAUAUGCGUGGGAAUCUUGGUCUGAAAAUGGAGGAAUUGAUCUUCUGGACCAAGAUGUCGCUGAUUCAUGCCGCCCAGUAGAAGUUGGGAGAUGUGUUCAGAUUGGUCUACUCUGUGUUCAACACCAACCUAAUGAUAGACCCAACACACUUGAGUUGCUAUCUUUGCUCACCACAACAUCUGAUCUUCCAUCACCAAAACAACCAACAUUUGUAAUGCACACGAGAGACGAAGAAUCACCGUUAAGGGAUUUGAUCUCCAUCAAUGAGAUAACACAAUCUGUGAUCCUUGGGCGUUAAGAAAUCUUGAUGUGAUGGAAACUAUAUAAUUGGAGUGUGUUACAUUGUUCUCUUUAAAGGAUUCAUUUUUCGAAAUUGUUUCAUACAUAUCCAAAUAAAAAGGUUUUAACUUCAAGAUUGAA